AUGGACACAUCUGCAGACCCGGUCGUCCACAACAGCACACGUUCAAGGUCUAAUUCGACAUCAUCUUCGCUGCCGACCGUCAGGAAACAAACUACUACCACUGCCAUGAGGCAGCUAGAUUCUCGAAAUGCUCACUUGAGAACGAGGCCGAGGAGUCCAGAAAGCUCGGUACCUCCCAGUCGUUUUCGCUACGACAGAAGUCGUUCAAGAAGUCGCCCGGAGAAUUCUCUGAGCCCGAAUCUGAACAUCAAUCGCUGGUCGCAUUCCACGUCCUCCAGUAUAUCGGGUAUCGAGUCAGACACGAUUCGCGCCCGCGCAAACACAUCAUCUCGGCGGAUGAGUAUAGGUCCCUUGUUGGUGUCAUCAUCCACGCCAGCGAAAACAUCUAUGCAUACCCGGAGAUCUUCCAGCCAGAGUUCUCAGGUGAGACAGGGUCUGGGCUCUGGAUUCCUUCAAGUGGACAGGACUCGUGAUGCUUCGCGAGAUGUCAACUCAGUUGGUGUCUCUCCACAUCUCACCCCGACAUCUAUGUUUAACCCCAGCGCCGGGGAGUACUUCGGCGAGACCUGGCAGAGUCGCAAGACCGGAAAGAAUGGGGAAGCAGUUGCCGUCUCCGUCCAUUAUAUGAGAACGAGUGCGCUGCCCAACAUGAGAUCCUCAGAGAGUGUUACAACUCAAUAUAUGACACCAGUGUCUCGACCAAGCACGCGAGAGAUGCAGCCUACAACUGCCGGUCGGGAUGGAUCGAUCGAUACUCCAUCUCCGUCAAAUCCACCUACUCGUGGAAGAAGUCAUCGAAGUCCGACCCAAAAGACAAUGCUUUCCAAGGCCCUUGCAGUAGCGAACAAUGCUGUGUUACUUGACAACGCCCAGAAUAUCGAGGGCGCUAUUGAAGCAUAUGCUGAAGCAUGUGAUCUGUUACAACAAGUUCUGAUCCGGAGCUCGGUCCUCGACGAUCGGAAAAGGCUGUCUGACAUUCGAAAUGCGUAUUCGAAGAGAAUAGCCGACCUUCACGAUCUUGACGAUUCCUUCUCCGAACUCAUGGAGAAGGCCUUACCAGAAGAUCCUCCUCUUGAUGAAACUAACAACUCUUUCUUUACUAGUGAUGGCGUUGAACCAGAUACCACCGAGGUUUUGGAGUCUGUCCAGAUACCCCCUAGACAAGAAUCUCUACUUCCAGAAAUAUAUGGUGGAGAAUCAUAUCUCAAGGAGUCAUCGAACCGCAAGAGGAUACAGAUACCCAGUCUUGCAGUUCCUAUGGAUGCGCAGUAUAUGCCGCCGCCUCUUUCGCCCAGAAGAGCGGCAUCUCCCAUCUCGGAACGAGAUGCGAACACACCUCUGGCUACUAGGGGACCUGGUGAAAUCCCCAAAGGUGCUCUCCAUGCUCGAGAAGGUAGCACGGAAUCGACUUCCUGGUUAGACACUCUCGAAGAUGGCGACUCGUCAACUUCUCGGUCGUCUCGAUUGUCAUCUUUGGAUUUCAGGAUCCAUAACGCUCAUAACAUUGUCGACGAGUUCGAAGCUGAAUUCGAUGCAGCAGCUCUUGACGCUGCUGUAGACGCUGCCUAUGAUGACAACCUGACAGAGGAGCCCACUCCGAGGCCGGAUAAGGGCGUACGAGAUUUCAUUGACGAUUUCGGCACUCCCGUACCCGCUUUGGAAACGACCUCCAAAGAUCAUUCCAUUCUGUCAUCUGAUGUUGAAUUGACUCGAGAGUAUGAUGAGGGCGAUUCAUCGGAGGAAGAGGAACGAUUGCUAGAAGAGAUGACGAAGGGAUUUGUCUUUGAUGAUUUUUCCUUUGAUAAUAAAUCAAAGUCGACCCUUCCUCGACAAUCAGACUCGAGUACGUUUUCAGGCAGGACGUGGACAAGUUCACUUCCGUCAACAACUGCAACAAAUAAUACUACGUUGAGCACACUAUCAGAAUCGCAAGAGACUCCGGCAGAAACGUCCCCGCGACCAGUUCCCCCAGCCAAAGACGCUCCUUUGACGUCCCCUCAAAAGGCUGCCCUUCCCCAACCACCGCCACUGGCACUCCCAGCCCAACAAUCCAGCAUACCAGCCAGUGCAGAGAAGCAUAGUGGACUGAAUAUUCGCGAAAGGAGAUUCUCAGGUCGAAGUGGGGAGCAAUUGAAGAUCGAGACUUUUGCCCGACGAAACUCUUCGACCAUUUCCAUCAAGCCUAUUGCGGCGCCUCUGCCCGUCCCAGAACUGGACGUUCCCGAGGAACAGCCAAAGAUAAUACAGACAGCCCCAUCAGAAUCCACAGUUCCCUCUCUGCCGCCCAUUACGCCCAUGACGACGUUGCCGGCCAAUGACUCUGUCCAAAAUGAUUCUCCAGCCACGCCUGCCUUGACGCAAGGAGGUUCUCAAGGCAGCAUCGAGGAUUCCGCAGUCAUGCCCCCGUCACCUGCGAAAGUGGGAAAAAUGGGGGCCCCCGCGGCCGUCAAGAAGAAUCUGUCGUCUUCGAGCUUGAGAUUAAGAAAUCUCUCGGUCGCAACGACAGAAACAAGUACAGAAUCUCCUAUCACACCGGUUAGCGCUGGUUUUGGAGAGAAUAAAAAGGUUGUGCCGCCACUUCCAUCAGCCGCGUUGCCGACACCAUCAACAGCUGCUUUUGGCCCUCAACUCCUUCAGACUGGUGGGAUGUACUUGUUCGAUGAUCUUACGGCCCCGGGUCCACCGAGGACUCCCAGGACCCCUGAUGCUCCAAGCUUUUCUCCUCCUCAACUACUUGAGCCUUGCCCCGAAUCUUUCCUUCUCCGUCCUUUCUGGCUGAUGCGAUGUUUGUAUCAGACGCUUGCUCAUCCUAAUGGCGGAUACCUUACCACGAAACUAUUCAUACCCCGGGAUGUAUGGAGGGUGAGGAACGUGAAACUCAAAGCUCUUGAUGAUAAAGUGUCACAGUGUGAUCUGUUAACGGCAGCAUUGCUCAAACUUGCCAAAGUCGAUACUUUUGACGCUGACUCGGUUCUUGACGAGUUGCAGUCAUUCGAAGUGGUUCUGGACCAGGUCCGAAGCACGUUGCAGAAGAAGAUUGGCAGCGAGGUCGGCUUUUCGGGGUCAUCCAGCCUUUUCAAGUCAGUUGGCGAAGAUCAAGAGACCGGUAAAUCUACCAGCACUGCUGCGAAAUCUAUCGCAUCCAGCUGGCGCAAACUUCGGUCCAAAUCAAGUGCCCCAGCUAUGGGAAAUCAGAGUGGGCAGAAGGACGGGUCUACGUCUAGUCCAAGCAUGACCUCUUUACCGAUGACUUCGUCUUCGUCUGUGCCUUCAUCGCGGUCACAUCUGAACCGCAAGAUCGCACCGCCGCCUACACCGACACAGUUGACCAACGUUCAACCGGUCCUCGCGACCUACAUGUCAAGCUUAGCACGCCUCUUUGACGCGGCGCAAGUGCUCGAUGGAAUCGCUCGACAAGUAGAAGACCCUGGACUGAAAUGCAGUAACAAAACCCAAGUCGGGUUGGAGUUGGGUGUUAAGAAUGCUGCGGAGUUCUUUGCAUUCUUCAUCAUUCGGUUCGUGAUGGCGGAUUUGAUGGUGAUGGUCGACAAAUUCCUGAAAAGAGGAAGUGAGUGGGUUCUGACUUGA